GAGAACUUCACGCCGGUGAAGCAGAAGCCCUCCAAGGAGCUGAGGCCCAUGCUCGGGGCCAUCUUGCUGGGCCUCAUCCUCUUCAUUGCUGCAGUGGUGGCCUGGUGCUACUACACAGUGUCCCUGCGGAAGGCAGAGCGGCUCAAGACGGAGCUGAUGGACUUGCGGGCGGAUGGUUUUGUCAUCAGGAACCAGCACGGGGAGGUGGUCUUCCGACUGGCCUUCCGCUCAGGCAGCCUGGACCUGGAGUCGUGCUCCAAGGAGGGAGAAAUUUUGAGCUGCACGCGGUCGGGCAGGGGGCCGCUCAACUUCUUCAUCCAGACGGUGAAGCCCAAGGACACGGUGAUGUGCUACCGUGUGCGCUGGGAGGAGCUGGCGGACGGCCCGGCGGUGGAGCACACCAUGUUCUGGGAGGACGCCCACUGGUACGGGGGCUCAGAGAUGAGCACCCAGCACUGGCCCAUCCGCCUGGCCGGCUACCAGGAGCCCGUGCCCUACGUGACGAGUGACGUCUACUCCUUCCGCGACAGCUUUGGUGGCAUCCUCGAGCGCUACUGGCUGUCCUCCAAAGCGGCGGCCAUCAAGAUCAACGACUCCGUGCCCUUCCACCUGGGCUUCAACGCCACCGAGCGCACCCUCUUCUUCCAGGCCCGCUACAAAGACUCGCCCUACAAGCCCCCGCCGGGGCAGCAGCCCUUCCCCGAGCUCAGCUACCGGGUCUGCGUGGGCUCCGAUGUCACCUCCAUCCACAAGUACAUGGUGCGCAGGUACUUCAACAAGCCUUCCAAGAUCCCUGCAGAGAACGCCUUCCGAUACCCCAUCUGGUCCACCUGGGCCCUC